AUUUUUUUUUAAAAAGUGUCUGUAAAUAGCCGCCGUGAGAUCAGAGUUUGUUGUAUCCCGGUCAAUAAUCGAAACCCUCGGAGAAGGUUUUAUUCAGCUGUGAACUUCUUAACAAUGUCCGGCGAGGAAGAUGCCACUGUAAGGGAGCCACUAGAUCUGAUUCGUCUGAGUCUAGACGAGAGAAUCUAUGUCAAGCUCCGCUCAGACCGCGAACUUCGCGGCAAGCUUCACGCGUUUGAUCAGCAUUUGAAUAUGAUUUUGGGUGAUGUAGAAGAAGUUAUCACAACAGUAGAAAUCGAUGACGAGACAUACGAAGAGAUUGUCCGGACGACAAAGCGCAAUAUUCAGUUUCUAUUUGUUAGAGGAGAUGGAGUGAUAUUGGUGUCUCCACCACUGAGGACAACUUGAGUUGAACAUCAAAUCUGAAGCCUAAGUUAAUCAACUACUGCUUUUAACGAAGAUGUCUUUAGUGACUACGUGUCGUUCAAAACACAAAAGGCUUAAAGAAGCUAUGUUGCUUUCGAAUACUUCUCCUUCUCAACUCCUUUGGUUUAGCUACUUUUCAUCGUGGGACCAUUCUUGAUUACAACCCAAACCAUCUGAGUUUUAUAAGUAAAGACAAGUUGUUAACAAA